UGUGGGUGCUAGUGCUAAAGAGACAAAAGGGGAAGCUAGUUUGCAACUGAGAAUGUGCAGGAGAGUGCCCUGAGAAGGCAGGGCUUACCCCCCCUUCCCCUUAAAGCCUAUGAUUUGGGAUGACUAAUUUUAUUUUCUACUGCAGUAGACAUCCCCCCCCAUCCACGGUUUUGCUUCCCGCGGUUCCAGUCGAGGUCAGAAAUGGAAAAUUACAGAAAUAAACAAUUCGUAAGUUUUAGAUUUCUUGCGCCGUUCUGAUUAAAGUGAUGAGGUCCUGCUCUGUCCCGCCGGGAUGUGAAUCAUUCCUUUGUCCAGUCUGUCCACACUAUAUACGCCACCAGCCGCUAAUCAACGCUUUUGGUAUCGCAAUGCUGGUGUUCAACUAACACUUAUUUUCCUUAAUAAUGGCCCCGAAGGGCAAGAGUAGUGAUGCUGGCAGUUCGAAUAUGCCAAAAAGAAGCCGAAAAGUGCUUCCUUUAAGUGAAAAGAUGAAAAUUCUUGACUUAAUAAGGAAAGAAAAAAAAUCUUAUGCUGAUGUUGCUAAGAUCUACAGUAAGAACGAAUCUUCUAUCCGUGAAAUAGUGAAGAAGGAAAAAGAAAUUCGUGCUAGUUUUGCUGUUGCACCUCAAACUGCAAAAGUUACUGCCACAGUGCGUGAUAAGUGCUUAGUUAAGAUGGAAAAGGCAUUAAGUUUGUGGGUGGAAGACAUGAACAGAAAAUGUGUUCCGGUUGACGGCAGCAUGUUACGCCAAAAAGCACUGAGCCUGUAUGAACGCUUCAGCAAGGGAUCCUCUGAAAGGAGUGACAUCAAGCCAUUUACUGCAAGUAAAGGAUGGUUACACAGAUUCAGGAAUAGGUUUGGACUGAGAAAUGUAAAAACUGCAGAGGCUGUGCCUGGUGUUGAAGAAGCUGCUGCCACAAUUCCGGCAGAGUUGAAGGAGUUGAUUAAGGAGGAAGUCUACAACUGUUAA